GUCAAUACAUUUCUCAUUCAUCUGAUUUCUUCACAGAUCACAGUAAAACUGUCAAUAGAAAUUGCAUUCACAAUCGCAAAUACUAGCACCACUUUUUACCUUUUAUCUAUCUUCACAUACAAAUCGUGGGCUUUGUGGCUUUUACUCUUGUCUUUACUCUUCUUGUUCCAUCUCUUCGUGUUUCUUUGUUGGUGGUUGCACUGCACCUGGAAUGGUAGGUGGCCUUCAGUAAUUUUUGCCUUAUGGACAAAGGGGCUGAUUAUCGGUGCUGGGACGAGCUAAUACCCGAUGCGCUUGGGUUAAUUUUCCGGAACCUAUCCCUCCAGGAGAAACUAGCAGUGGUGCCUAGGGUUUGCAAAUCAUGGGGCAAAGUGAUCGCAGGGCCUUAUUGCUGGCAAGAUAUUGACAUUGUUGAGUGGAGUGAUAUGGCCGAGCCUGAGCCUGAUACCAUCGAUCGGCUGCUUCGGAUGCUGAUCGCGCGAAGCUCCCCCCUUCGGAAGCUCUGUGUUGCUGAACUCCAGAAUGACCUCAUGUUCUCCUUCAUUGCAGAGCAUGCCAGUUCCCUCCAGACGUUACGACUGCCCAGAAGCAACAUAAGCGACAUAAUUGUCGAACAGGUUGCCGGAAGGCUUUCAACUGUCACCUCCCUAGACUUGAGUUACUGUGCCAACAUUGGUGCUCGUGGUUUAGAAGCCAUUGGAAAGCACUGCAAGUCGCUGACUGGGCUUCGCCGGAACAUGCACCCAAUAGACAUGGAUGGAAAGCUUUCACAGGAGGACGAGGCUCAUUCUAUUGCUAUCACAAUGCCAAAGCUCAAACAGCUCGAGAUAGCUUACCUUCUUGUCGAGACCGAAAGUGUUCUCGAAAUCAUCUCCAAUUGUCCUGAGCUCGAGUUGUUGGAUUUGAGAGGGUGUUGGAAUGUGAAGCUCGAUGAGAAACGGUUGAAAGAAAAGUUUCCGAAGUUGAAGGUUUUAGGGCCUGAUGUCGUGGACCAUUACGAGACGAACAACUGGGAAUUCUGCUCCGACUUCUCAGAGUCGUUUUACGACAGCGACAGUUUUGAAGGGAUGUGGGAUGACGACGAAAGUCUGGAAUUGAGGUUUUAUGAAGGGUUCGAUGACGAUACUGUGUAUGAUUGGCCCCCAUCUCCUUAGGCUCUCUUGCUUUCUCCCCUGUGAAAUUUGUCUUCUUUUCCUGUGGCUGUUUCUUUCUGGGUUUUCUUGCUUUGGGACUUCUAUGUGUUAUAUAUGGUUGUAUAUGUUUCAAUCCAAUGACACUUGUUGGUCUUUAUGUUUCA